AAACACCAUUACAUAGACCCAGACUGAUAAGCAAUUGGAGUCACCCGUCGCAGCGGGAUAUGGAGAUCUUCCCCGGACUCCACCUUUAAGCAGACAAGAGAUAAGGAGGCAGAUACGCCACAGUACUUAGGAGUGAUAUUACAUACACGUGAAGGAAAAGAGGUCGUAAUGAUGUUAUUCUUGGUUAAUCGCCCAUUCUAUUUCCGUUACCCCUGUAGUAUUCGAAUUCCGGAUUUGCUAUCUUAACUAUAUGCUUGGAGAUACGAGUUUCCGAAUGGGAAGCAAGCCAUAGACAUCGCCUGCAUCGCAUGCAUGUCGCCAUCCUUAUCUACAUACAUUAUCUCGGUUGAGAUCAACAUGGCGUUGUCUACCCCCGUAGGAUUCGCAAAUGCAUAUAAGCAACACUAUGCCCUUGUACCUGGUAGACGAUGUCUUACCGAGUUCUCAAGCACGUUCGUCAAAGUCUAUAGUAUAUUGCAAAUAAUGGCGCAAAACGUAGAGAUAUCCACCAGCUCGGAGAAAGACCAGGAGAAAACCCCGGAGAAGAUGAACUAUGCGGAGAUAAGCGAGGAGGUCAGCGUAGCGGGUGGUGAGCUUCAAAACGAUUCAGUCCCUAAAUACGCCGACGAGCAGUAUAAGAAGCUGAAAAGGAAAGCCGAUAGAUAUCUUUUACCGUUAAUGUGGCUUUGCUAUGGCAUCCAGCAGACGGACAAAACAUCGAUCGGCACACAAGCGACCUUUGGUCUUGCAAAGGAUACUGGGCUUGUUGGACAGCAGUACUCGUGGCUCACGACGAUAUUUUAUAUCACGUAUAUGUGCUUCGAGUUCCCAUCUAACAUCAUCCUACAGCGGUAUCUGAUGGGUCGAACAUUAUCGUGCUAUAUGAUAUGCUGGGGCGUCGUAGUUUUAUGCGUUGGGUUUGCGCAGGACUUCACGCAGUUGGUCACAUUGCGUGCGCUGCAGGGCUUGUUCGAGUGCUGCAUCUCACCUGGCUUUAUCCUGGUCGUCGGGAGCUGGUACACGACACGAGAGCACUCCUCGCGAUCUCUUGUCUUCCAAAGUGCUAAUGCCGGCUUUGGUAUCAUUGCCAAUUUAAUCCUUUAUGGAAUCGGGUCGCUGCAGUAUUCACGAGGUCCCGAGUUUCAAGCUUGGCGUUACAUGUCUUAUUUCCUCGGUGGCAUGACAAUUCUCACUGGCUUCUUAUGUCUUUUCCUGCUUGGAACGCCGUCAGAAGUCCGCUGGCUUAGCUUGGAAGAGAGGAAGAUAGCCAACGCCCGCAUCAUGACGAACAAUACCGGCCACGACCGAACUGGCAUCAAGAAAUGGAAGUGGAAACAAGCGCGUGAAUGCCUCGUCGAUCCUUGCUUCUGGUUGGCUGGAGUCAACGCGUUUUUGAGUUCUGUGCCUAACGGUGGAAUAACCGCCUUCGGUUCCAUUAUUAACACCAACGCUGGAUUCACCAACCUACAGGUCAUUCUUCUCGAUAUACCUCGAAAUCUCACGUCCGUAAUAUGGUUCGUUAUUAUCGGGGUUGUGACAAGUAGGAAGAAGAACCUACGCAUGUACUUCAUGAUUUUCUCCGUUAUCCCGCCGGUAGCAGGCUUCAUUAUAAUGGCGACGUUGCCGAACGAACCUCACUACAAGUGGAUCAAGUGGGCAGGCUAUUUUAUCACCGUCACGAGCGUUGUCGCGCUGUUCCUCGCUUGGACAUUAAUCCCCUCAAACGUCGCUGGACGCACCAAGCGCACGUUGACAUCAUCGUUCACUUUUGUCGGGUACUGCGUGGGUAACAUGGUCGGAUCGCAAAUCUUCCUAGCCAAAGACGCCCCACGAUAUAUCCCCGGUACGGUCGGCUGUGCGGUAUGCUUUGGCCUAGAAUUCAUCGUCCUCAUAGCAUGGAGGAUUGUGCUAGUUAUGCGGAACAGGCGACGCGAAACGUGGUUGCGAGAGCACGGUAUCAUGGAGGAGGAGAGGAUAAAGAGAGGUCAGCAGCUCGGAGAGCAGGACUAUACAGACUUCGAGAAUCCUUAUUUCCGUUAUACAAUGUAACCCGGGUUUAGGAUACCAGGACAGCCCCAGGUUGGACUUAGAAGACGCUGAAGACUUAAGUCGUCCGUGCACAGGCCGGCUUACAUUGUCGUCACCUUAAACCGGCCAAUUAUAUGCGCGAGUUUCAGGAACCGUAACCCUCAUACGACCUCCCAAAGAAGGCUGAUUAGGUGCCGUGAGUAAUCAACGCCGAAUCAAGCAUAAUAAAUGAUAUGAUCCAAAAGUUCAUUACGCGUGUCAAGUGCACGACGGAACCAUAGCAUAUGUCACUUCAAGGCCAGUCCACGUUAGAUGGCGCAUCAAGGCAUUUGUCAAUAGAAACAAGAAAUAUCGACAGAAUUGUAAAUGCGUCCAACAAGUUGAACCA